CAACAGCAACCCGCGUCUUUGCAGUUGACCAGAGGGAGGCCGACCAGCAUCCAGGUACCAUGUCCGGGAUGAUUAUUCUUAAUGAUGUACCUGUCUAUGCCUUAUUCGAUACCGGAGCGACCCAUUCUUUUAUAUCACGUCGAUGUCUUGAAGCUAUUGGGGUUCGUUCCACUACCGCUGUCGAUCCUCUCGAGGUGAGUUUAGCCUCGGGAAGAAAGAUAGUGACUGACGCUAGAGCCACCGAUCUCAGUCUUUCCAUCGUCGGCUGCAUUCUGAUUACUGAUACUUAUGUUAUCGAGAUGAGGGAUUUUGACCUCAUACUCGGUAUGGAUUGGCUAACUCGAUUUCACGCAGAUAUUCGGUGUUACGACCGGGAGAUUACUCUUUAUCUUCCAGGAGAAGAUCAGAUCACUUAUUACGGCUCCAGGACUCGUACUCUGCCACAUAUUAUUUCUAUGGCGAAAGCCAGAAAGAUUCUUCGACGAGGUAAUU